CACCAGACACAACACAGUCAUGAACACCAAGGUAGUCCUUCUGCUGGGUGCGGUGGCGCUGGCUGCUGCUGACAGUUUUCCUUCAUACUCCUACAGGGGCCCUCAUGGUUCCUCCGAAGAGUCUUUUGAGUCUUAUGAGUCUAGUGAGGCUCAAUACAACUUCAACUACGCCGUGAAGCACGACCCCUCCGGCAACGACUUCGGUCACCAGGAGACCCGCGACGGUGACAACACCCAGGGGUCGUACUACGUGCAGCUUCCCGACGGCCGUCUGCAGACUGUGACUUACUUCGUGGACGGUGACUCAGGCUACAUUGCUGAUGUCAAGUACGACGGAGAGGCUCGCUACCCCGACUCAUACGAGUCCUUUGAGUCGUUCGAGUCCCGGGAGGCUCCCCGCUAUGCCCCUCCCAGGAGAGUUUAUGGUUAGGUGUUGUGUCUCCUGAUGUAGUGCACAGCGUCACUCUCAAUACGAAGCCUUAAAUGGCAAGAUAUGUAAUAUAUUUAUCAUAACAUAACAUGUACUAGCAUGAAUUUAUUAAAAGUAAAGUGCUA